AUGAAGAUGAAGAAACAAAGAAAAGGAGGUGACGGUCGUAGGAAGAUAAAGAUUGAAAAUAUAACAAACAAAUCAAGAUUACAAGUUACAUUCUCCAAGAGACGAAAAGGUUUGUUCAAGAAGGCAACUCAAUUAUCUGUUUUAACUGGUGCAGAAACUGCACUCAUUGAUUUUUCUCAUGCCAGAAAACCCUAUGUUUAUGGAAAUCCUGAUCUCAUACUCAGAUUUGUUAAUAACAAUAAUGGUGAAGCCUCUGAAAUUCAGAAAGAUGAUGAUGAAGAACAGCGGAAGUAUAUGAAAGUUAAAAGAGAAUUUGAAGCUUUUUCUCCUGCCGGAAAACCCUUUGCUUAUGGGAAUCAUGAUCGAUUUAUGCGGUAUAUGGAAGUUGAAAAACAACUAGUAGCUGAAAAGAAAAGAGGGGUUUUCUUGGAGUCAUUGAUGAAUUGUAAUUUGGGGCCUGGUAAUGAUAAAUCUUGGUGGGAAACAUAUAUGAAUGGAUUGAAUUUGGAUGAAUUGAUACAGAUGAGAAGUGACAUGGAACAACUCCAGAAGUGCGUCUCAGAGAGAUCUCAUGACUUAAAAUGA